CUGCUACACCCAUAAUCCCCCGCGCCACGACAAGAUGGAAGAAAGCAGCGGCCGCUGGAGAACAAUGUUUUGGCAAUAAAACCUCGAAACGGCGACUACGGAGACAAUACAGGCACGCUUGAGACCAACUGCGGUCAUGUGUAGGAUAUUCUCCUGCUGCAUUUCUCUGUAGAUUUAUUGCCCUCCUUCUCCCCCUGCACAAAGCAAAAACACGAUCAUGAGUAUUAUCCAGGACAAAUUAGGCAAUGAGUUUUUGCGCAACGGUGGCAUGGACCCCAAUUUUGCACCAGGCAUGCUCAUGUUCAGCCACCUGCCGCCAGUCACCAGCUUCACGCGGCUUGCCUCCCAGUCCGUCAUGGGCGAACUUCCCCAGGAGAUGAUCCUCAAGAAAGAACGUGACUCCCCUCCAGACCACCAGGGCGUCGCUGCUGCGAACACGGGGGGCUUCCUCCACAGCAUGGGCAUAAAGCAGGAGCGGCUAACUGAGCUGGAUUACCGCAUGCCCCUCUACGGUGGGGGUGGAGGAGUCGGGGUAAACUGUACUGGAGGGGGCGCGGGGAAGAGUGGCACUGACAUGGUGGACAUGUCUUUCGGCAACCACCACCAAAACCACCAGAGCAUGCUCCUGCAUGACCUGAGCCUCAGCAAUGUUCGGAGCAUGGAAGAACCUAUUCCUGGAAGACCGGGUAAAGAGCCAAAAGAAUCAUCAGGUAGAAGAGGGCGGAGGAACAAUGGGGACGGACAGGGAGGCAAAGCACGAAAGAAACGCGAUGCUUCAAAGGCCAUGAUGUUGGAUGCAGAUGGAGCCUGUUUGUCCCCAAACUCGAAACCACAUAUCUGUGAGCACUGUAACGCUGCCUUCCGCAGCUCCUACCACUUGCGCAGACACGUGCUCAUACACACAGAUCGCACAGGUGAGAGGCCUUUCCGGUGCAGCCAGUGUAACAUGAGCUUCAUUCAGAAGUACCUGCUCCAGCGGCACGAAAAGAUCCACAGUGGAGAGAAGCCUUUCAGCUGUGACCAGUGUAACAUGCGCUUUAUCCAGAAGUACCAUAUGGAGCGGCACAAAAGGACACACAGUGGCGAGAAGCCAUAUCGCUGUGAUACAUGCCAACAAUUUUUCUCUAGAACAGACCGGUUACUGAAGCACAAACGGACUUGUGGAGAAGCCAUAAAGAAGGGCCUAGACCCGAGCAUGCUGGAGCUCAGCGAAUCCGAGCUAGGCCAGGGCAGCUAUUCACUCACUCAGGGAAACUCGAACACCUCUGGACGCAAAAAGGCCAGGUCCAAGAACGGUGAGGGCGGUGAGCGCAAGCGGAAGAAAAAUGCCUCUGCAUCAGUGGCAGGAGCCUCAUCCUCUCGGGGGAUGGCCCAUGACCUGGGCUUACAGGACUUCAGCAUGGAGCACCCCUCAGGCUCGGGCCCUGCCAUGCAGGGACGCACACCCAAAUUGGUCUUCAAAAAAGCUGGCCGCAAGGGCCUUGAUAAGGGCCUCCUCUCUCUGGAAGACGAUGCUGAUGGACAAAAACUGUUGAGCCAGAAGCCUGGCUCAAUGGAUCAUGUGGAGGGUUCUGGUCUCGACAAUAUGGGUCUACUCCAGGGAGCCGGGGGCAACAAGCAGGGGCCCACCACCAGCAGCAACUACGAUGAUGCAAUGCAGUUUGUGAAAAAGCGGCGCUACCUCCAUGCAGUUAACAAUGACUAUGGAGCCGGCCCCCUGCACAUGGCAAACCAGGGCAACAGUGUCAUCCAGGUUUCCCUCGGACCAGAGCCCACACUGGCCAUGCUGGACUCGUCUCCUUUGGAGCUCAAGCACGACAAGUCUGGCAUUCCAGAUGAGGUACUGCAAAGCCUGCUAGAACAUUAUAGCCAUAAACCAGAAGGGUCACACCACCAUGACGUGACUUUUGACCUGCCUGACCACCCACACCAUGUUGACCUCCAACCAGCAGCCCCUGUUACCCCAGAGUUGGAGGACGACUCGCCUAAUGGCGGCGAUAAGACAGUCGUGAUGAGCGAGUACUCGAAAUUUCUCCUGCAGGCUCUGGAGCGCACCAGCCAUAGUGGACCCUUCCCUACCCUUGGCCACACUGGGCCUUUCCCACUCUUGUCCAGCAGCUCCAGUCCCACAGGACCCCUGUUCUCUGACAAACACGUGUACUCCACAUCGCCGCUGGACUGUGGCUACCCGCCUGCUGUGUCCUCCCCGCUGCCCAUCACCGCCGUUCCCUCAUCGACCUCCUCCUCGAACUCCUCAAAGUCCCACUAUGGCAUGCUGGUGGGCUCUCCCUCUCAGGCAGGCUACCACAUCACCUUGGAAUCCACCAGUCACCAGCAGCUGACUCCAUCUCAGGAGUUGACCGAGCAGUUGGAGAAGCAGCACUCCCCUGGCGCCUACAACCUCCCUCCCCAGGACCUGACCACCCAGGCAGAUGGUUCCAAGGGGCAGCAACCCAAGGUUGGAGGAAGCGCUGCACCCACCAACGGCUCCAGCUACCCCGAUCUGUCCCCGCUGAACCCCCCUAAAGAAACCACGUACCAGAUCGAGAACUUUGCCCAGGCCUUUGGCUCCCAGUUCAAAUCAGGGCGGCGGACCCCUCUGAGCUACGGCAGCGAUCCUGCAGCAGAGGUCGACCACCGAUUAAGAACUCCAGUGUCAGAAUUCUCAGGGUAUACCAGUUUGUUAGCUGACGUCAGUGCGCCAGUGAGUACAGGAUCAAAAACCCCGACAAGCCAAAGUUUCAGAUAAGGGUCAAACAAGGUGAAUAGAGUAGGGGACUGUUCUGUUACUGUCCAGUCUCACUACAUCAUCCUAAUUUUGUUCUUGUAGCAAAGUUUUGUUUUUUAAACACUGCCAUUAAUGUUGAUACAGAAAUGACCAGGGAGGGUCUUCCAUGGCCUCAAAUGCAAUUUUUUUUUAAACUAUUCUCAUUUUUAAUAUGUAUUUAGUCGCUUAAUUUUUAGUAGUGAAUUUUUUGACAUGAACAAACCGUAGAUUUAAAUGUAAUUUAAAAAAAAGAAAAAAACAUUUAGAGGGUAGCUAUGAACAUGCUUGGUUUUCUUUUUUUUUCUCUUCCUUCUAUCUAUCGAUCCUGAACUCUUGUGUUUUACCAAUCAUCAAACCAUUAAUUGUAAAGUAAUAAUGAAAUAAUGUUGAUACGUUCAAUAAUAAUACAAGUUGUGGCAGGGAAAGGCCCAGAAUUCAAAUGGCAAAAAAGUAUAUAUUGUCUGUUACAAGAAACAUUUUUAACUCAGGAAAAUAGGCAAAAUUGUGUAAUAAGACUAUGUAUUAUGAGAUGCAAUUAGCACAGUUUUUACAGGUGUAUUUUCAGAGUAGAAAGCUUUGAUUUUUAUUUUUGUGUGUUUUUUAAAGAAAUUCAACAGAACAGCAAAUUACAAUACUUGAUGUUUGGUUCUCUACUGCGAGCAGCUUUUGUCAAGAUAAUGGUACUGUUGUGUUAACGCGAGGACAUCCACAUUUCUUUUGAGAGUCACGGACAUAAAACGAGGUAGUCGAACAUAACGGAUUGUUUUAUCGACACACACUUUCACACAGUGAUGGGCAGCUAAGUCCGUCUUACCGUGCACUCCUCUCACGCCCACCAGUGGCCAGUAGAUAAAUGCUGUGUUUCCUUCGUUGUACGGUUUGGGCUGGUACAGUAGGUAUGGUGUGCAACAAACCCUCAAUCAGGCUUGCGACACAAGGCAUGCGACACAAAAGACAACAUUGGAGGACAUCCAGCAGCUUUUUUUUCCUCGUGCUGGGUUUGUGGCAUCCAUGGGAUAUUUGCACCGAUCGUAAGGGAGGGCCAUUUUUCUUUUGCCCAAGUAGACUGUCGUGGUUGGAGCUGGUCUAGCUCCACCCUGACUUCACCAUUUUACUCUGGUAUCCCGAGGGAAGGGUGGAACGGUUAGAGAUGGUUAUUUUGGUACAAUUUCUAAUGGAAACGCCAAAAAUAUGUACCGUACUGUACCGAAAACAAACCGCUCCACUCUGUGGAAACACGGCUUCAAAACAGCAGGUCCUAAAAGUCCUCGCAGUGAGCGUUGUGGCUGCUGCAGCAUGAACAAAAUAUCUGUGAUCGGUUUAUCGCAGUGUGGUUGAAGUAAAUUAAAAAAAAAAAAGUCACCACUUACCUGCUCCACUCCUUGCCGUUCCUUUUUUGUGUCAAUGGAAUCAAACAAGCACUUUGUUAAAGAAAAAAAAAAACAAACAAUGAAGCAAAUCAUUGGAAACAACAACCCAUUCAAUUUGCAUACGCGAUACAUGAGUAUUAUGCUAAUGAUCAUUAAUAUUAUUUUAAGAGGAGAAAACUGUGAAUGGGGGAGGG